AUGGGGGAUUCUGAUCUGAUUAUCCGUCAAGCCCAGGGAGAGUGGGAGACCCGAGAUGUUAAGCUCAUUCCCUAUCGGCGACAUGUGGAAGACCUCAGCAAGCGCUUCAAGGCGAUAGAAUUCAGUUUAAGCGACAGUGCUAAAAUCACAGAAUCCGGGGGUCAGACUUUUUGGGUUGACAAAACAAGUGGGAAGAAAUGUUAUCUACUAUCUGCAAGACGACUGGUAAUUUCUUUUUCAGACAUACAAUUAUUCUGGGAAUGGAUAUCUGACACUGAUUCAAGAUUUCCAGAUGUAGCAUUCCCCAACACUAUUGAUUUACUAGAUAUCCGAGGCAAGAUUGGAACUCGAGCAUUAUCUCCGAGAACAAAUUAUGCAGCUUAUCUAGUGUUCAAAACAUCAGAGAGGUACCAUGUCCUUGAAUCAACAAAUGCAAUGGUUAGAUUUGUUAAUCAAGAGAGUGAAGACGAGGCUGAAAAAAGAGCUACUACUGUUAUACUUGCAGAAAGAGCGCCGAGGCAUAUAAAAGGAAAAUUACCAGAAAAACGAACAGAUGGAUGGUUAGAAGUAGAAAUUGGAAGUUUUUACAAUGGUGAAGGAGAUGAUAAUGGUGAUGUACAAGCAUGGUUGUUGGAUUCUAGGCCUUUUCAUGCUAACUGUGGUCUUAUCAUCGAACGCCUUGAGUUUCGGCCAAUAUGUUCAAUGUUAGAAUGA